CUGAACCCGACUGGGAUUUUUUUCUUAACUUUGGCAACACUGAAAAUCAGCUGUUAAAGUGGUCGAGUCGAUUUCGUACAUUUCAAACCAGUGAUUUGAAGUUUAUUCAAUAGGUAAAAUAACUCAAUUGAUAUUUAUCAAUAAUGGGUCGCAAGUUUGUUGUUGGGGGUAACUGGAAAAUGAAUGGUGACAAAAAUCAAAUAAAUGAAAUCAUUAAUAACUUAAAAAAAGGUCCCCUUGACCCAAAUGCGGAGGUCAUUAUUGGUGUUCCCGCUAUCUACUUGGCAUAUGUAAAAAGUAUUGCCCCAGAUAAUAUUUCCGUUGCUGCUCAGAACUGUUGGAAGGUUGCGAAAGGAGCAUUUACCGGUGAAAUAUCUCCUGCUAUGAUCAAGGAUGUUGGCGCCACUUGGGUGAUCUUAGGGCAUUCUGAGAGAAGAACAAUUUUUGGUGAAAAAGAUGACCUAGUUGCUGAGAAAGUUGCCCAUGCUCUUGAGUGUGGGCUUAAAGUAAUUGCAUGCAUUGGUGAGACUUUGGAAGAAAGAGAAGCAGGCAAAACAGAGGAGGUGGUCUUUCGUCAAACCAAGGCAUUGCUACCUGCUAUUGGAAAUAACUGGGAUAAGGUAGUUUUAGCAUAUGAGCCAGUAUGGGCAAUUGGUACUGGAAAAACAGCAACACCAGCACAAGCUCAAGAUGUGCAUGCUUCAUUGCGAGACUGGAUUUUAAAGAAUGUGUCUUCUGACAUAGCGCAGGCUGUGCGUAUUCAAUAUGGGGGUUCUGUGACUGGAGCCACUUGCAAGGAACUUGGUGCUUGCCCAGAUAUUGAUGGAUUUCUUGUCGGUGGAGCUAGCUUGAAGCCAGAAUUUGUUGAUAUUGUCAAUGCAACUGCAUAAUUUUAUUAGUGAUGGAUAUGACAUGAUAGCGUGAAAACAAAUGUUUUGCCAUGUCUAUAAAUUAAUUUUAGAGAUUAAAGAUUUUUGUGUAAGCACAAUGUUAAAAUGUUUUAUUAAAGACAGUCAUUAAUUGUAAGCUACAGCUGAUUUUGUGUAUGAACUAUUGACAUACAACAAAAUUUUGUUAAAAAAUAUUUUGUAUAUAAGUUUAAUUUUGUUUAAAUUAUUUACCAGCAUAAUAAAUUUUUUUAUAUAA